AUGGCCAGUGGCAAGACCCCCCGGCCCAUGAGGUCCUCCAGAAGGGCGGAUGGAUUCCAGAGCCGAGUGGUAGCAUCUCGUAAUCCCAAGCUGGUCAGAGAGGCAGAAGAGUCUCUCAGCAGCAAGCAAAGGCUGGCGAGGCCUCGGGAGAUGAGGCGGCCCCGGACUGCCCAGCUUCGGGACAUGGGUGAAGCCUGCCAUCAAAAGUUCUCAGCCGUUGAGCGGCACCAGAGGUCGUUCCAGCCUUUCCCAUCCGAGGUGGUGUUUGAGAACUACCUUCCCCACCAGUUCUACAUAGCGGCGCUAGCUCUGAGGAACAAAGACAGGGUUCCUCGUCUGCUGAACGUCAUCCUGGGGAACUCUCCUUACUUUGAGUUGAUCAGCCCGAGUGAUGAGGACUAUAAGGUAGCCCCGGGCAUGUCUUCAACCUACCGCAUCCUUUUCCGACCUGAUGAGAACAAGGAUUAUUUUGAGGAUCUUAUCAUCAUCACAGAGAGGGAGAAGUUCUUUGUGCCUAUCCGAGCCAUAGGUGCCCGAGCCAGCCUGGACUUCCCUGAGCAGCUGAACUUCUCCGAGUGUCCAGUCAGGUUCAGCACCCAGAAGACUCUGCUGGUGCACAAUGUGGGGAAGCGGGAGGCUUGCUACAGCAUCACCACUGUGAGCCCUUUCUCUGUGGAUCCCUCCAUUGGGACUCUUGGUGUUGGAGAAGCGAUGCAAGUCACGGUGGAAUUUCACCCACCAAAGACCGGUGUUUAUACAAGUCCCAUGAUUGUUCACUAUGACACAGCGCAUGAGGGAGAUAUCUUGCCAAAUUCUUCACUUGAAAUCAAUGUGAUCUUUAAGCCCAAAGAAGCCAGAGUCUACCAAGAGGCAGCCUACUGUGACAUCUCAGGCUGUGAGACCAGGCUGCCCCUGUGCAUCAGCGGGGAAGGCGUCGGGCCCCAGGUGGAACUGAGCUGCAACCAGCUGAGCGUUGGGAAGGUGUUUGUUGGCUCAAGCCACAGCUAUGGGGUGCUCCUGCUCAACAGAGGAGUUACUGAGGCUCCCUUCAGCGUGGUGUAUCCGGAGAGAGCUCUGGACUCCUGCUUCACCUUUGCCCCCCGGGAGGGCAUGCUUUUGCCUUUGGAGCAUCAGGUCAUCCGGAUCUCCUUCAAUGCCACUGUCCUGGGGCAGUUCACAGAAGAAUUCCAGUUCAGUGUGAAGGGAUCCCCUGAGCCUCUGACACUGACUGUGAGUGGCUGUGUCAUUGGGCCAGCGUUUCAUUUCGAUGUAUCAUCCCUCCACUUUGGUGAAGUCUCCUUCGGCUUUCCUCGCACCCUGUGCUGCCGCCUCACUAACACUUCCCCGGUGCCCUUCAACUUCAACCUUCGCAUUCCCGGGGACGGUUUGGGAGCACCCAGCGUGACCAGUUUUGCUCAGGUGUCAGAGUGCACUGGUCUGUCGUGGAGAAAGAGAGGACGAGGUGCCAACAAGCCAGCUGAAUUUACUAUCAGGCCCUUCAGAGGGACUGUCUGCUCCAAGGGACACUUGGAUAUCCAGGUCACCCUGUGCUCCAACACCGUGAAGAGAUACAAGCUGGCCCUGGUGGUAGAUGUGGAUGGUGUUGGCAGAGAGGUGUUAUCGCUGCCCAUCAGAGCCAGAUGUGUAGUUCCCCCACUGCGAGUGCUCCAGCCGGCUGUGACAUUUGGACGAUGCUGUCUCAAAGUCCCUUAUCAGCAGAUGCUGACCCUUGUGAACGACAGCAACCUUCCAGGCUGCUACUGGGCUCUUCCUCAGGAGAACAAGGAGGCUGCUGCUGUGUGGUACUCCAGCCCUGAGCCCCGUGGGAUUCUCCAGCCUCACAGCUCGGUGGAGAUCCCGUUCACACUGGAAGUCCAGGUGACGGGAAAGCAGGACACCGUUGCUCAUGUUGCUGUGUUUGGGAGUAAGAAAUCCCCACUGAAAAUCCAUUUCUUGAGCACUGGAGAAGGACCAGUUGUCCAUGUGCAGCCAAGCCAGAUAAAUUUUGGCAGCAUCCAGGUUCUACAAGAUGCUUCCCGAACCCUCCACCUCUCCAAUCAGUCUGUCAUCCCUGCAUCCUUCUCGGCAAAGAUGGCUGCUGAAAACUCGCGCUGGAGUAUAGGACCCAGUCAAGGAGUGAUCCCUGCCAAGGCCGAGGUGUCUGUGGCUGUCACUGCAAACUUGGAUGACACGGAGCAAUUCAAGGACGAGGUGGUGCUGUUCAUUGAGAACAGUCGUGCCUGCGUCAUCCCUGUCCAGGCUGUUGGCAUUGGCAGCACGAUUGUCAUUGACAAACCCUUUGGGCCGGAGCUCAGCCUGGGAGCCUGCUUCAGCGUGGAUCCCUGCUGUUACCGCUUCAAGAUGACAAACAGAGGACGACGCGCCCAUCUGCUCUAUUGGACCACAGAAGGUGGCACCACACUUGAGCAGCACGAGCGUCUCCCUCACACCAAGGGCAAGGUUUCCUCCUGCGGCCCCGUGUUUAAGCUGCAGCCGCUGAGGACGGAGCUGAUGCCUGGCCAGACAGCAGAGAUGCUGCUGGAAGGCUCCUGCAGCACUCCCCAGGUGGUGAAGGAGAAGCUGCUGUGUCACACCAUGGUGGGCAAGGAGGGAGUGAAGAAUCUGAUCAUGCAGGUGGACGUCAUGUGCGAGUUCAUUGCUCCUGCUCUGCAAAUAUCCACCAGAGAAAUCACUUUCCGGGUGGAGAAGCACCCCGGUGAUGUCCUGACUCUUCAGUACAAGCCUCUGUCUUUAAAGAACGUCUGCUCCCUGCCCCUCAGCGUGGUCCUCACCUUAGAGCAGCCCUUCUCCAUCUGCACUGUGGACCAGCAGCCUCUGCCUGCAGAUGCUCAGCCCAUGAAGCUGAAGACAGGGGAGGAACUUCAACUCUGCAUUGGAUUUAACCCUGCUUAUGAGGAGGAUUUGCUUAUCCGGGCAGCAGAGAAGGCUCUGAAGGUCAAGUUCCUGGAGCAUCCUCAUGAAGAGCAGGUGACCGUUCGGGGAGAAGUCUACUUCCCGAAUCUUCAGAUCCAGACCACGGCCCUGGACUUUGGCUGCAUCUUAAAUGACACCAAAGAUGUGCGUUACAUGGAGAUGACCAACUGCAGCCCACUGGUUGUCCAGUACCACUGGUCAUUCCUGAAGGACAGCCAGGUGAACCCAGUGAGGUUCAUGGAGACAGAGCCCCUGGCCUUGGGUGUGGAGGAGGUAAGUUUCGCUCUCCUGCCGCUGCAGGGUGAGCUGCAGCCGGGCCAGAGCCAGCGCGUCACCUUCACCUUCUUCGGCCACGCCAACCGCGUCACCCAGGGCACGGUGCUGUGCAGGGUGGAGGGAGGCCCGAGCUAUGAGGUGGCUCUGCGUGGGGAGGCCUCAGGCAUCAGCUACCUCCUGGACACCACCGAGAUCAACUGCGGGCUGCAGGUGUUUAACAAAGUCACAGAAGCAGCAGUGACCCUGCAGAACAGCGGGAAGCUGGGAUUUGCCUUUGUGGUGCUGAGCCCCGGCACAGGCACUGCAGCCAGCCCUCUGCCUGGCGUGCCCCUGGUCGUGCCCAGCACGGGUUACGUUGAACCUGGCAAGCAGCAAGUGCUGAAAGUCUAUUACCUGCCAGGAGUGCCUGGAGUCUUCUGCAGGGCUUUCCAGAUCCAAGUGGGUCACCUGGAGCCAGAAAAAAUCUGCCUGAAAGGAGAAGGCACCUUUCCCAGGAUCCACUUGGACCUGCCCAGGAACAUCAAAGGCAACGCCAAAUAUGAGAACAUCCUCCAGAAGGCCCAAGAAAAGCUGGACAAAGACAGCCAGAGAGACGAGGCCAUUGCUCUGGGGGAGGCUGUGGCAGCCGAGCCCCGCAUGGACGACUCAGGCACCGUGUGGGCUGCUCAGCUGCAGAUGCAGAUGGAGGAGAUGCUGACGGAGGAACAUGCCGUGGAGCAGCAGAAAGCUCUCAGCUCUCGUCCCCCAGAGGACACUGCCUUUCAGCCAGCUGUCCUUACUCCUCCUUUCAGAGCUGAGCUGCCCGAAUACAUCCUGGACCUUGGCUAUGUCGUUCCCGGUGACAUCCACACACACACGGUGAAGAUCACCAACACCGGGCACUUCCCUGCAUCUUUCCAUGCUGAUGGAUAUGUCCUGUAUAACACAGGCUUCAGCGUGUGCCUGGAGCGUGUGAAGCGCCUGCCCUCCUGUGAGAGCAAGACAUUUGAAGUGUGCUGACCACAAAGUGCCAACCUGCCCCUGGGAAAAGUGGAUGUGCUCCUGCCCAUCAAGGUCAGAGGAGGCCCCACAUUCCAGGUCCGCCUCCAUGCCAUGGUGGCUGAGCCGUCCCUCUGCCUGUCCAGGGACAGGCUGGAGUUCUCCGCUGUCCAGUGUGGGCAGUGGCAGGAAGAAACCAUCCAGCUCCACAACACGUUCCAGGUCCCCUGUAAAUGGUCCAUCAGCAUGAAUGAUCCUGUUCAGGAGGUGGACAAACAUCUGCCAGGGAGCGAGCAAUCAGAAGCUGCUGGAGGAGAUGAAGUCUGUGCCCGUGGCUUUGAGGUGCUGCCCUCGGCUGGAAGCCUCGCUCCAGGACAGCAGUGCCACGUCCAAGUCCGUUUUUCACCCACGGAAGAGAAGUGCUACCGGGGCGAGCUGCAGAUCCAGAUUUGCCAGAGCAGCCAACGCCUGCAGGUGCCGGUCUUGGGACGUGGUCUGGAGCCACGGCUGGAGUCCAUCCCCACAGAGCUGGAGCUGGGACCGCUGCUGCCCCAGAGCCAUGGGGAAGAGGGGACAGUGGUGGUGAAGAAGCCCUGUGAGGUUUACUCAGUGCAGUUUGAGCAGCAGCACCUUGCUGAGGAGCAGCUCCUGCGGACACCAAAAGAUGACAACAGCCCCAACAGCUUGUUGCUGCCUCCAGUUGCCCCAGGAGAGAAGCUG